AUGGAAAGGAAUUCCUGCAAGGAUGUCGACAUCAAGCUGUUUGACAACGAGGGCAUCAUGUCGGAAAGAAUCGUCUUCUCUGGUCAACGUGCAGUGGACUUCUUCAACUACUCCCAGUGGAGUAACACCAUCGGCUUGUCACGCUCGGGAGAGAUCUUCGUCAACAACUGGUUCCAGACCAUGGUGUUGAAUGCCACAUCCGGUAGUGAGAAGGUUGUCUUCUAUAAAAGCAAGAAGCCGUUGAUACAAGUCCUCAGGACGUUCCUCUGUCUGAAGUGGGGAAGUGUGCUGCGUCGCGUCCCUGACCUUACCAACAACAACUACAAUCACAACAACUACCAUAACAACCACCACCCCAACACCUACAACCACAACAACUACAACGCCAACAACAACUACAACGCCAACAACAACUACAACGCCAACAACAACUACCACUCCAACAACGACAUUGCCACCGUCCCUGACCUUACCAACAACAACUACAAUCACAACAACUACCAUAACAACCACCACCCCAACACCUACAACCACAACAACAACAACUACAACAACAACAACUACAACGCCAACAACAACUACCACUCCAACAACGACAUUGCCACCCCCAACAACAACCACCCAAUCAACAACCACAACCCCGACAACAACCACCCAAUCAACAACCACAACCCCGACAACAACCACCCAAUCAACAACUACAGCCCCAACUACAACCACCCAAUCAACAACCAGAGCCCCAACAACAACCACCCAAUCAACAACCACAGCCCCAACAACCACCACCCAAUCAACAACUACUGCCCCAACAACAACCACCCAAUCAACAACUACAGCCCCAACAACAACCACCCAAUCAACAACUACAACCCCAACAACAACCACCCAAUCAACAACUACAGCCCCAACAACAACCACCCAAUCAACAACUACAGCCCCAACAACAACUACACAAUCAACAACUACAGCCCCAACAACAACAACCCACCCCACAACAACCACCCAAUCAACAACUACAGCCCCAACAACAACCACCCAAUCAACAACUACAGCCCCAACAACAACCACCCAAUCAACAACUACAACCCAGACAACAACCACCCAAUCAACAACUACAGCCCCAACAACAACCACCCAAUCAACAACUACAGCCCCAACAACAACUACACAAUCAACAACUACAGCCCCAACAACAACCACCCAGUCAACAACUACAGCCCCAACAACAACCACCCAAUCAACAACUACAGCCCCAACAACAACCACCCAAUCAACAACUACAGUCACAACAACAACCACCCAAUCAACAACUACAGCCCCAACAACAACCACCCAAUCAACAACUACAGCCCCAACAACAACCACCCAAUCAACAACUACAGCCCCAACAACAACCACCCAAUCAACAACUACAGCCCCAACAACAAGCACCCAAACAACAUCUACAACACCAACAUCUACAACCCAAGCAACAACUACAACACCAACAACUACAACAACAACUACAACUUUGCAACGUAA